GAAGAUGAAUCAAACUUUAAGUCAGAAUAUCCACCCAGUUUAGCACCAGGCACAAGAUGCAACACCCCUUUUCCAGACGGGGUGGGACUUGAACCAGCUCUACAUGGGGUCGUCCUCUCUCCCUCCCUCCGCCAGGCCAGUUAAAAACAGUAAGGUGCGGUGCGGAGCAAGAAGAGUUGUUUCUCUUGAUUAAAUCACGCUUCUCUCUCUGCACGGCAUGUGGAUUUAUUCGAUAAUAAAGCUUUAAACUGUUUUUUUUUUUGUUUGUUUGUUUUUACACAUAUCGAUAUUUCAAACGCAGCAAAAUGGGGAAGGUGAACCCUUGUUUGAAACGGAGUUACGUUAUCGUGACAAGUUUGAUCGCGAUCUUGAGUGCUCUGCUGUUGGCACUAACUCUGUUUAGCCAUGGAUACUUCCACGAGGAUGAAGAGAUGGAGAGGAUGAUAACAGGAAUAAAAGCCAUGUAUAUUAUUUCCAUCAUAACUCUGCUCUUGACCAUCACGGGUGUGUAUGGUGCCUGCAAAGAGAGGCAGUGGGCACUAAUAGUGUAUGUAGUCGGAAUGAGCCUGAGCAGUUUAUUCAUGUUUGCUUGUGAAAUUCAAGGACUGGCCGUGCGACCACAGGUGGUUAAAGACAUGAAGAACCAAUACCUGGCUAUGCUGCCGCUGGAUAAUACUAGUGAGCCUUUCUUAGACAGCUUCAUGGAUAUACAGAUCGAAUUGCAGUGUUGUGGACUAGAUCAGGGCUAUCUGGAUUGGGGCUACAACAUCUCAGAAUCCUGCGUGUGCACUGAAGAGUCCACUAAUCCAUGUGUGGCAGCUCCUAGAAACAGUGCUCUGUAUGAGCACACGUUCAGUGACCAGCCCAUCAUGAUUUAUCGAGAGCCAUGCCUUCCAUACUUGAUUGAACAUAUUAUGAUGAACAUAAAUAGUGUAAUGGGCAUAAUGCUGGGACUCACAUUAUUCUGGGUGUUGUCAGUAGUUUUGUGUAUUGUCAUCUUGUGCCGGCUUAGUCGGAAAGAAGAUAUCCCUCCAGUGGUCUACAGUCCAGAGGCAAAAGCAGGCAACUACACCGUCCUCCUGACAGACGCUGCGGAGUACACCUGAUUUCUUUGUUUUAGUUUUUGGCUGCUCUUCACAAUGAUGGUGGAAGUCAUCAUGUCAGCAUAUUUAACAAUGUCGAGAAACAUAUUGGUAUUGGUAUUAAGAUACAUAAUGUAUAUAUGAUGCUUCAAUAUAUCAGGAGUUGCCCCAAGCUAGCUAAAUUUGCAUUAAAGUUACAUGACUUGGUUUUUAUUUCUCUCUUCAAUGUUUUUUUUGUUGUUUUUUUUAUAUGAAUUCUUUAUUUGUUUUUGUCAUCUCUGUAAAUACAUGCUUUUGGUCUGUUUUUUAAAGACUAUGGACAAUGGUGAAAAUUGCUAGAAAGAGCACAUACUGUGAAAGAGUACUGCCUUUUCUUUGUGAUAACCAAAGAUAUAUAUGCUCCUGUUACAGAAUAAUAGAAAUACAUAAUAUUUUCCCCGCCUACAUUUCCUUCUAGUCUUCAAUAGGCAUUAAAUCAUCGAAUAUGAAGGCAGGUUUGUCAGUCAAUGAAUACAAUUGAACACUGGUAUUUUCAUUGUAGAUUGGAAUCAUAAAUUAGCACAUUUGGCCCAAAUAAGAUAGUUAAAGAUGGUUUGAAAGCACAGAUGAAGAAAUGACUGCAGAAAUAGUUAUGAAUAUAGUAGAGCUUUAAUAAGAAUGUCUCUGUUUUUCUGUUUUAUAUCUUAUUGAAUUAUGUUUUUUUUAAUGUUUUUUUCUGACUUUUCAAGUACAUUUUAAUUAAAGAAACUACUGGAGUUUUUUUUUUUUUCACCAGUUUUAUAGUCAUUGCAUAUUUAUAUUUUGGGACAUUCCUCUCUGAUAGGAUUUCAUUGCUAAAUUUUGCUAUUGCAUGCCAGUGAAUGUUCCCAGGAUUAGGUGCAUGUGCACCUGGCACGUGGAGACAGGAUUACAGAUAACAGGAAAGUGAUAUGUUACAUGUUUUGGGUGCCAAGAUCCUAUAAACCAUGUCUCUUUAACACUGCUGUGCCAAAAUCUCUCACUCCUUUAUGUCCUGGAUAAGAGAAGAAUGUAUCACCUCCCAACAAAGUGCUGUAUAUCAAUUACAAUGUUUAUAUUGAAUUGCUCUUACCCUAUUUUUCUGUGACCAGAAACAGUGUCUAGUUAGGGUUCUAUGUCAAAUUUCAGAUGCCUGAUGAGUUGUUUAGUUUAAGAGACAUUUCCCCUCUAAACUUCUCAGGUGAUUUUUUUUAAUAACUGUUCGGGGACCAAAAUGAUCCAGUAUUUCACAAAAAAGACAAAAAAACAACAACUUGUUUUUAUUCUUUCCUAUGCCACCAUUACCCUACAAGUAAGUCUUUUACUUAUAAUAUAGUAUUAUUUACAUUGUUUACAUGUUUUAUAGGUUGUCUUUUAUCAUUACUGCAGGUAUUACUGGAUUAUUCACUGAGGGAUUCGUGUGUAAGAAGCACUUGGAUAUUGAAGCGGGUCAAGCUGAAGCCAAUUUUAAGUAUUUUGUAUGCCAUCGGUUUUAUGCCCUAAGAAACAAUUUCAAGACAUCAAAGGAACAAGAAUCACAUAUUUUAUUCCUGCUAUUUACAAAAUAUUACAUAAGUUCAUUCCAUAAAUAAAAAAACUGUAUGACAGAAAUAAAAAUACCAUACUUUGCAAGAACAUACUGUAAUAGGCAUUAAUGGUUAAAGUGCACAGGUAGACAUUGAAUCUGCUGUUUCAGAUGAAAUUCAUUUGACAGUAUAUUAGUCAAGGAGACAUUUCAACCGCAGGCAGCUCAUGCAGCAAGUCAUAUUAGAAGUGAUGUGGCGUAAAAGGCUUCUUCGGUGAGAGUGGCAUCGGUUCGGACAUUUCAGUCUCUGCGAGAAUAUUAACGCCGCAUUUUCCUACAAGAGCCUCUCACAACCUGUCUGCAGUGGCCGUGUGAAAAAAAUUCUCCAAACCUUGAAAUCAAAAUUUUUUUUUUAAUGGAGGUAAAAUUGAGGAUUUUUUACUGCAUGUCUACUGAAUGUGCAACCAAACAGAGUCCCCUCUCCUCCUAGUGGACAUGAUCACGUAUCAUUUGCUCACUACAUGUGCUUUAAGAGAAACUGAGUGGAGUGAUGAGGUUUCAAAUGUACAAUGUGCUUAUUAACAAGGCAUCAAGACAUUCGGGUUGUCCCAAUGAGAGCUGUGGCUCAUUCCUUUGUCUAACCUGAUUAUUUACCCACGAAAAAUUACAUCGCUCACCAAUAAAUAAAUGAUUAUAUGUCAAUCGAAGCACUUUGUAAACACUGUUUAAGAAAGGUGCUACAUAAGGGUUAUUUAUAGUAUUACUUGUUCAAAGAUUAUUGGUUGCUCUAAUGCUGAGAAUUCAGUGGGUGAGCUUAACAGUACAAGUACAAAUAUUUAAAUAUGCAUAUUUAAAAGAAGUUAAAUGACGAUGAAGCGGUGAUAUUUUUGUUUUUCACUGGUGAUGAAAUGUUAGCAUCGUGUCAUAUGGAUCAUGGUUUAAUGGAACAUGAAGACUGCAUUUGUGUCAAAAACAUUCAAACUCUGAACCUUACCAGCAGAAUGUAGCUUCUUCAGCCCCUACCAAAAGCAAAUAAACAGACAAAAAAUGUGGUUUGUGCGCGGGUGUGCGUGUGUGUUUGGAAGUUUUAGGUAAAGUAUCUGGCUAAUACCUGUCUUUCCAAAGACUCAUUGAUGUACCGGGUAUGAAGCAAAUGGGGAGAAAGAAUAUUAUCCAGAUAAAACAACACUUAAAUAACAAAAUGCCAGGAUAGGCUGCGGCUACUGAAAGAAAACAAACGGCUGGUUAAUGCUCGAUUUUAGAAAUAUGACAAAAGCAUGUGAAAAUGUUCUCAUUAUUAAAGAUUAAUUCAUUAAACUGCACGGAUUUAGUUUUUUUUUACAGCAGUAAGGCAAAAA